AUGCGGGAUGAUGAAGGUAUUACGGAAGUUUGCUCGGGAGAAGGUUGUUCGAAGGAUUGUUCGGAAGAGGGUUGUCCGCAAGAACAUUGUUCGGGAGAAGAUUGUACGAAGGAGAAUUGUCCGCAGGAAGAUUGUGCGGAGGAGGAUUGUUCGAAGGAGGAUUAUCAGCAGAAUUGUCCCCGCAGGAAUAUUGUCCGCUACCGACGAGUCGAGGAGAAACAUUAUCCGGAGGAAGAGGAUUGUUCGAAGGAGGAUUGUCCGCAGGAAGAUUGUUCAGAAGAAGAUUGUCCACAGGACGAUUGUCCGCAGGAAGAUAGUUCGGAAGAGGAUUGUCCGUAG